CGACAAUGUUUUAAGACAUUGAUAGAUAUUGUGAAAUUAUAAAGUAGGCUCUGGUUUUGCUCUGUACUCGAAAUUGGACGACUCCAGUUUAGCACAAAUUCUUAUCAAUUUCAAGUCGAACUUGUAAAUGAACAGUGCUGUAAAACAAGCAAAAAACGAAUUCUUAAGCACGCACACAAGUAUACUGUGGCUUCCUCAGCAUUUUGCUUAUAUCUCUUCCUGAGUGCGCAGCUCGAUUUGAAAGAAAUAAAAUUCUGCUACGAGUUUGGUUUGCUUCUCUGCUUUUACAGUUUUGCAAACAUCUAAGGCAACAUUGGAAUGCCGCCGAAAAAGCACACUGGUUUCAUGAUGUUUGUCCAGGAAUGGCGCAGAAACGACGCGGAAGGCCGAAAAAUGUCUAUGCCACAAGCCGUCAGUAAAUGCGGCGAAUUAUGGAAGAAAAUGGACGCACAGCAGCGAGGACCGUACAACGGAGCCGCAAAGGAAGCGGAUGUGGUGAUGCGUUGCAAGGUGGAGCGCAUGAACUGCCACGGCCAAGCCCUCUCCGCUGUGCAGCGCGAGGAGCGCGAGGCGGCCGAUCGCCAAAUGGACAUGAAGCGCAAAAUUGAGCGCAUGGUGCUUAAUGGCAAGGCGCAGCAUGAUCUGGAGAACACGAAGUUCAUUUUCGCGGCAUUCAACUACUUCACGAAGGCAAUCACAAAUGAUAUUUACAUACCUGCGGAGUUUGCUGCCUGCGAGUUUUCGUUGAAGUCGGGCAAGAGCUCGCUCUACAGCUCGCAUAUCAAUCCAGGUCAGCUUAUUUUUGGACAGGGCAGCGACACGCUGCAUCACACGUCGAAUACGCAUCAGUUGCCGCUGCCGCCGAAUGCAUUGGGAGAAGCGAACAUAGGCAAGCUGUACGUGAGCAUUGUGGAGUAUUUGCGUGGCUGCCAAGACGGCGCCGGGCAGCCCAACGAACCGCUGGUGGUCUUUACAAGCACCGAGCUUGUGCCUGUGGUGCGAGGCUGCUUCAGAUAUCUGGAAAGCGACAGCGAUGAGCUGCAGGAGAACAUUGAGGUCUACGACAUACAGUACCUGUUCUAUGUGCUCAAGAAGGAGGUCAUGGACAUUGCCGAUCUGCCCAACGAGCAUAUAAACAAGAGCAUUACCGACAAUUUGUUCGUCAAUGAUUUUUUUGAGUAUCAUUCGGGCAUAUCGUGUCAGUUUCAUGAGGACAACGAUCGCGGCAAAUACUGCACCCAGUCGAAGGUUGCCCGUUGGUGUUACAUGUUCAGCGACUAUAUGUGCGGCGAUCUUGCGAUCAAACCGCUGCCUGGCAAGCAUAUGCCGCCCAAGCAGGAGCCCAAGUUCAGGGUGAUCAAUCCUGAAGAGCCGAUUGAGAACAGGUGCUUCUCCGGAAUGACCACGACUGAAAAGUCGAGUGGCAACACCUCCUUCGCCUCAAUUAGCUCGCUUCAGACGGAAGUGAAGCACGAGAUUGUUGAUCAUUCGGCCUUUUCUGCCAACCUCAAUGCAUCGGAGGACUUUCCCAGUCUUGGUGGCCGCAAAGGCAAGCGCAAUGCCGAGCCAUUGGCCAAAGGCGUUUGGAAUGUGCCUGCCUCAAACUGUAGCGUUAAGGAUUUGGGAGAUGCGUUCAACAUGCCCCGCCGAUAAUAAGAAUUUAAUCUUAAACUGACUCGAAUGUCAAUGCCAAGAUAUCGUCUUGAGCGUGUCGCAUUUGUUAAUCUAUUUUCUAGUAAUUCUUAAAAAAUGCACUAAUAUUACGUUUGUUAAAUGAAGUUCAAA